AUGGCUUCCAGGAAGGCAUCCAUGGCUUGUAGUGGAGGCAUGUUGAUGAGUGCCUUUUUCUGGUCUGUGGCCAUAAUCUAUCUGACUCAGAUAGGGGGAGUGAAAGGAGACUGCUGGCUUAUUGAAGGGGAAAAGGGCUUUGUGUGGCUGGCUAUUUGCAGCCAAAACCAGCCACCUUAUGAAGCCAUCCCCCAACAUAUCAACAGUACCAUUGUGGACCUUCGUUUGAAUGAAAAUAAGAUCAAAAGUAUCCACUACUCUGCCCUUAGUCGCUUUGCCAACCUUACAUACCUGAACCUGACAAAGAAUGAGAUUAGCUAUAUAGAGGAUGGGGCAUUUUCAGCCCAGUUCAACUUACAGGUACUCCAGCUGGGUUUCAAUAAGCUGCGCAACCUAACAGAAGGGAUUCUCAGGGGGUUGGGAAAGCUGCAGUACCUCUACCUCCAAGCCAACCUAAUUGAGACUGUGACACCCAAUGCCUUUUGGGAGUGCCCAAACUUAGAAAACAUAGACCUUUCUAUGAAUCGCAUUCAGGUGCUAGAUGGGUCCACCUUUACCACCCUGACCAAGCUGACCACCUGUGAGCUCUACACCAACCCCUUCAACUGCUCUUGUGAGUUGCUAGGGUUUGUCAAGUGGCUGUCGGUCUUCCCCAACAGAACAAACGAACGGAUGGUGUGCGAUUCACCCGCGGGAGUUUCUGGUUACAGUCUUUUAAGCCAGAAUCCAAACAAUCCAACUCAACGCAAUGCACUACAUAUGCUGUCCACUGUGUGCACGGAGGACUAUGUGACUCCGUAUAUCCCUGUGCCUCCUGAGACCACAACUUUCCUUCCAGAUGUUACCCCUUGUGAGCUGGAGGACUGUCCCUCUGGGAGUGAGCCAGAGGAGAUCAGUAUUCGCCCUACAUUUCCAGACUUGGAUGUUGGCCCGGUUAUAAGUCUGAAGCAGGUCUCACAAACAAAUGCAGUCAUUACUGUUCAGAUUCCUCAUCCCUAUGACAAAAUGUACAUCCUUGUUCUGUAUAACAACAGCUUUUUCACAGACAUUCAGAACCUGAAACGACAAAGAGAAGAAAUUGAACUUAAAAACCUGUUACCUCGUACUGAAUAUACAUACUGUGUGGCUUCCAUACGCAAUUCUUUGCGUUAUAACCAUACGUGUCUGACAUUAUCAACGAAUCCCAGAAUGGGAAGAGUAAGAGAGGCUAAUAAUGCAACCGCCACUCACUACAUAAUGACUAUUCUAGGUUGCCUUUUCAGCAUGGUAAUUGUUUUAGGAAUGGUCUACUAUUGCUUACGAAAGAAAAGGCACCAAGAUGAAAAGCACAAAAGGACAAGCAGUAUGAAGAAGAACAUAAUUGAGCUCAAAUAUGGUGGUGAACUUGAGGGAGGAACUAUAUCCAGGGCCUCUCAAAAGCAACUGAUGGCCGGAGAGAGUAUGGCUCGCAUGCCAUAUUUACCCUCUGGGAGUGAGAUGGAUCAAUACAAGAUUCAGGAUAUAAGUGACACACCAAAAAUGGCAAAGGGCAACUACAUGGAGGUGAGAACAGGGGAACAUCCAGACCGUAGAGAGUGUGAGAUGUCUAUGCCAAGCAAUAGCCAAGGCUCUGUUGCUGAGAUCUCAACAAUUGCGAAAGAGGUAGACAAAGUGAAUCAGAUCAUAAACAACUGCAUCGAUGCCUUGAAGUCAGAGUCAACAUCUUUUCAAGGAGUUAAAUCUGGAGCUGUUUCAACAGCGGAACCCCAGUUAGUGUUGAUCUCGGAGCAGCCCCAGAGCAAGUCAGGCUUUCUGUCUCCUGGCUAUAAUGAUAGCUAUCACCACUCUUUACAGAGACACCACUCCUCUAAUGCCUCUCCAAAGCGACCCAGCACGGCCACAGGUGGUCCAAUGCGGAGUCCAAGACCUUACCGUUCUGAGUCUAAGUACAUCGAGAAGACUUCACCUAAAGGAGAGACUAUCAUGACCAUUACCCCAGCUGCCGCAAUAUUAAGAGCAGAAGCUGAAAAGAUCCGUCAGUACAGUGAGCAUCGUCACUCUUACCCCGAUGCCCAAAUUGAAGAGCUGGAAGGACCGGACAAUCGCAAAACGUCCAUCUUGGAGCCCCUGACACGGCCCAGGCCUAGAGACUUGGCUUACUCUCAGCUUUCUUCCCAGUACCACAACCUGAGCUAUUCCUCCAGCCCUGAGUAUUACUGCAAACCAACGCAUAGCAUCUGGGAGCGUUUCAAACUUCACCGUAAACGUCACAAAGAUGAGGAAUACAUGGCAGCGGGUCAUGCCCUGCGUAAAAAAGUGCAGUUUGCAAAGGAUGAGGACUUGCAUGACAUUCUAGAUUACUGGAAAGGUGUGUCAGCCCAAAAUAAAUCUUAAUCUACUUCAUUAUUUCCUAAGGCCUUGCUUUUUUAGCUAAAUGAAGGUCACAACUGAGGUAACAAUAUGAUUGAUAGCCUUCUUGGAUUAAAGGGGGGUUGGGAAUAGAGUUGUAGGUUUGUGAAUUUACCCAAAUUAAAGGACGUUAACACAUGAGACCAAGGACACAGGGAAAAUUUCAAAAUAUAUAUCUUGAAG